UGCUUUCCAGUCACAUACCUAUUUGGGCACGCGUCAUGACGCUAGUAACGCUGUUGACAGAAACAUAACAACAUGUAUGAGGACGCUAGAAAUAGGACAAAAUGCUCCUAAAGAGACAGUGUGGUGGAAGGUGGAUCUCGGUGCUGUUUACAACAUAUACAGAAUAAACAUCUUGUUUAGAAACUACGACGGUUAUGUUGAGCGUCAAAGAGGACGAUUCGCAGGAUUCUCGCUCUAUGUAUCAAACUCUGAUGUGCUAUCUAGUGCAGCUAUAAAAAGCUCCUUUCUGUGUUACAAGAACGAAAACCUGUUACCACACCUGAACUUUUCAAUAGUGUGUACAGAAAUGGGGCGAUACGUCAUAUAUUAUAAUGAACGUUUUAAAGAAGUCCAAUACCCAGCAGGAUAUGAAACCGAAAAUGUUCAAACAGAGCUAUGUGAGGUCAUUGUACAAGGUUGUGCUAAUGCCAGUGUAUACGGUAAGAACUGUGACACGCCUUGCCCCACCAACUGUAAAAACAACACAUGUCACAUACAAAAUGGAACGUGUUUUACGUGUAUACCCGGAUGGACUGGACAUUAUUGUAAUACAAAAUGUGAAGAAGGAUGGUAUGGUUUCAGCUGCAGUCAACAGUGUGAAGGACAAUGUAGAGAUGGUACUAUCUGUAAUCACGAGAAUGGUCACUGUGAGAAAGGUUGUGAUGCUGCAUGGACAGGAACUUUCUGUGAUAUAGAAUGUGAUAACGGGACCUAUGGUUUAAACUGUGUGAAAAACUGUAGUGGUCACUGUCUAAAUAACUCGCCGUGUAACAAACAGACGGGUAAAUGUAACAAGGGAUGCAACCCGGGAUAUACUAAUGGUGAUUGCAGCAAAGAGUGCUUAAAGGGAUAUUUUGGAUUGAACUGCAAAGAACGAUGUAGCGGUCAGUGUGCUAACAGUGAACCAUGUGACCAUAUCAAUGGAGUGUGUCACAGUGGUUGUCAGGACGGAUACAUUGGGAACAAUUGUAAAAGCGCUUGUGGAGAAGGAUAUUUUGGCCAUAAAUGCUCACUACAAUGUUCACCUAACUGUAAAAGUGAAACAUGUCGACACACAGACGGAUGGUGUACAUGUGCUGCAGGUUUAAAGGCUGAUAAUUGUACCACAGGCAGUACGGAACAUCAACUGAUGAAUCAGAAUUCACCAAACUGCAUUAUUUUGGCAGUUGGACUGUCGGUCUCAAUAUUGAUGAACAUUAUUCUUAUCGCAUGUCAAAUAACACUAUGCAGGAAAGAUAACUCAAACAUCUUUAAACUAUCUUGCUGGAAAAGGUCCGUCUAUCAAGAUGCAGUAUUUAAACGUGAAGAAUCUUCAACUUAUCAAGAAAUUGAUCUUUCAGAAAACGCCUACCAAAAUUCUACCAUACGAUGAUAAUCACAGCUCGUCAUGUUCGACAUGUACUAAUGCUUUAACCAUGUUGCAAACGAGUUUUCAAAUCAACGAUCAAUCUGAAAUCUGAAAUUGAGGGUACGCGUUGGACGUGUUUCAUUUGUUUAGGCAGGAAAAAUGGUAUUUUUAGACACACACACACACACAC